UCCCAGCUCCGUUUACCAACUUACGACAACAGUCAACUGCCAUUGAGCUGCACAACCCCUCUCCACUCAGCCUCCCGCCCACUCACGAUCAAAAUGUCUGACGACGAGCGCGUUACCAAGCCCUUCAAGUUCGUCACCGGUGGUGUCGAUGCCCGGUUCCCGAACAUGAACCAGACCAAGCACUGCUGGCAAAACUACGUCGAUUACCACAAAUGCAUCCUCGCCAAGGGCGAGGACUUUGCUCCUUGCCGCCAGUUCUGGCUGGCCUACCGAUCACUGUGCCCUAGCGGGUGGUACCAGCGUUGGGAUGAGCAGAGAGAGGCUGGAAACUUCCCAGUGCGCUUGGAAUAAUUUGGAAAGGAGGAGAAUGGCAAGACAAACAUAGACAGUUGGGACCACGUGGUACGGCGCCAUAGGACAGCCAGUGUAGGAUGCGAAUGCAUGCGUUGUGAUGGUUG